AUGCUUGAUUUUGUGCCCGUGGUGAGCAUCAGGCCAUUCAUGUCGCCGCACGAGCACAGCGACUCGGAUCGUGCCGCCUCGGCGGCGACGUGGGACCGUGCGAUGUCAGAGGUUGGUUUCGCGUUCAUCACAGGACAUGGGGUUGAGGGCGAGACAGUCCGCAAAUUGCGCGACGGGUUUGCCGCCUUCUUUCGGCGCGAGGCUGCUCACAAAGAGUCCUACCGGCACGGGCCGUACGGCAGCCCGCUCGGCGGGUUCGAAGGACUCGGCGAGCAGGCGGUGGCUCUCUCUACAGACGGGCACGGGGUGCUGAACGGAGACGGCGUUUCGCAGACUCGCGCCGCCGAUCCUGUCGAGUCGUACGUGUGCUCUCGCGGCGAACCUGCGGAGUGGGGCCGCUCGCUGCCCGCGCAGCCGAACGAGUUCCAAGCCAUGGCAGCCUCGUACCACCGCCAGAUGAGGCGCGUGUUGGACGGCCUCAACCAGAUCAGCGCCGCUGCACUCGGGCUGUCGUGCACCUACUUUGAUCCGCUCUUCUCGCCUUCACCCACGUGCUUUGUGGUCGCAAAGCACUAUCCGCCGCAGCGGCAGCCACAGGGAGGCCUCCGCUAUGGCGCGCACACCGAUUAUGGCGGCUUUACCGUCCUCAAGCCCGACGACUCGGAUGGGAGUCUGCCGGGCUCCGGAGGACUGGAGGUGCUGCUCAAAGACGGCGCGACGUGGGCGCCCGUCGAGGACGCGUUUGUGGUCAACAUCGGCGACUUGUACGAGGACAUGACGAACGGUAGGUGGAUGAGCACCGUGCACCGCGUGCGCGCCCCGGAGCCCGGGACGGAGGCGGCGUCGCAAGGGAGGCUCUCCAUCGCAUUCUUCUCGGGGCCGCACGACGACGCGGUGGUGGAGACGAUCCCGUCGUGCGUCGAUUGCGCCGCGGGCGGAGGCGGCGUGCGGCUGCGGCAGCCGAUCACGGCGGGCGAGCACCUGCAGCGGAAGAUUUUGGCGACGCGGGUGGGAGCGACCGUGGGGGCGUAG